AUGGGACCAUAUGCUAUAUCAAUGUAUCCAGGUUUAUCACUUUGUUAUUUGCCAUCGACUACUUUUUCAUCUUCGAUUCUUACUCAUUUAUAUAUCAAUGUGGAAACUUUUGAUGAUUGUCUUUAUUUACUUGAUGGUCGACUUAGAAAAUUGACAACAUUGUGUGUUAAUAUCUAUUCUAUAGACGAGUAUUCAGAAAUUGUUCACAAUAUGGAUAAAUUAUUUAAUCUAAAAUGUUUCUCAUUAAAAUCGUUCUGUCGAUUUAAACAAUAUGAUAAAAUUGUAUCACUUAUUCGUCGUAUGUCAAAUCUGGAAAAAUUAACUUUAUAUCUUCCCAUAAAAGGUCGAAAUAGAGUUAUUGAUGGUACUUAUGUUCGGCAUGAUAUUUUGGAUUAUAUGCCACAACUUCAUUCAUUCACUUUCUAUAUAUGUACUUAUCUGAAAACGAUUCAUUUAUUCUACAAGUCAUCUAGUGAAGAUAUUCAACAAACAUUAACAAAUAUUGGACAAGAACAUGUCACGAGUAUAGUCAAUUAUAUUCAAGGUGGAAUAUAG